AAAUUAAAGGGAUUAGAAUAAUAUUAAUAUUAUAUUAAAAAUAUAUAUAAGAAUGUAUAAAUGCUUUUAAAUUAUAUUUGAAAACACAGACAAAGCAAAUAACAUACAUAAAGUAUUAAUUGUGAAAGGGGAAUCCUUUUGUUAGUAUAAUAAAAAUGGAACAAAUGUAUAUAUGUUUAAGAGAAGAAUUCUUAUCAGCUGCACAUCAUCACAUUAAUAGAAAUACAUUGAAUACACUUAAGGAAUAUUAUAUGCAAUAUAUAGAUUCAAAUCGCAAAUUAAGUCAGAUUAAAGAUUUAAUGACAUUAGUGAAAAUAUUAGAAAAACGUGAUAUUUUAAGCUGUUAUAAUGUGACACCACUUUUACAUAUUUCAAGUUAUUUUUCAAAUGAGUCUUUGCAAAGCAAAAUAAAGGAUUAUAAUAUUUAUGUUAAAAGUAUACCAUCUUUUUUGUCUUGUAAUAUGUAUCAAGAAACAAAUGAAAAUACAAAUAAGGACAAAUGUGAAAUAUCAAACACAACUAAAAAUAGUUCAUUACAAACAUCUAAUAAGCUUGAAGAUGAAUUUACAUUACAAUACGAGGAUCAAAAAAGGAAUGUUUGUACACAAGAAACUAUAAAACAAAUUUUAUCGCACUUAAGUGAAAGAAUUGGUCGUUCUUGGAGAGAUACUGUUAGAAAUUUAGGUGUACCUGAAUGCCAAAUUGAUAUUAUUGAAAAAAAAUAUCCUUUUGAGCUAAAAGAGCAGAGCUAUCAAGCUUUGAAAUUAUAUAUGACCCAAUAUAGUAACAAUAAUUGGAAAAUAAAUUUAAUAAAUGCUCUAGAGAAAGCAAGACGUAGAGAUCUGAAGGAACUUGUUGAAAAACUAGUAUUAGAAAAUUAGAAUUGAAUAAUUAAUUUAAGGGAAAUUGAAAAUAAAAAAAUAACAUGCAUAAAAAGUAA